AUGCAUCAUCGUCCCCACUACCUGGGACCACCCGAGUCGCAUACCAAGCAGACCGUUCGUCUCACGAAUCGACCCUUGGCAAUCUUUUAUCGCCUUAUUUCGCACGGCGGGACGGCGUCGGGGUGGCUACAUCUCCCGACUGCCUAUCCAUGUAACAUUCCCGUCCUCUGCCCGCGCACGUUUCGCUUCUCGUACGAGACGCCAACAACAACCGGAAGAGAAGGACGACGAUUCAACCCCACCUUCGUUCGUUCUGGAAAAUUCCCCGAGAUUAUUUUUGAUUUCCCUUUUCCUCGUUCACUGCUCCACGGAUCCUACACGUACGGAGUAUGGAGUAUCCGUACUUCCAGCUCCCCUCCUCUCCACGAAACGAAACAACCGGGCAAUCCGGCUGCAACCGGGAGCAUAAGCGGCGGGUUCAUCAGCUAUCGGUGUCCUUCGCGCCCCCCACCCUGCCCGAAGACCAAUGAUUCGAAGCGUCUCGCAAUAACCAACCGAAGCACGAAUGAAAGCGGUCAUCUUCACAAGCCAAAAUCCACCAACUCACCAACCCACCGGCUUGGGUCCCCUAUGUUCUUCAUCUGCAAAGCAGCUAGUCGGAGGAGGAUGGUCAAGGAUGGCUCGAAGGAUGCCCCUCCCUGGCCCUCCCACUGCCGCCUGAUGGUCGUGCAAUUGCAAUUGCCUGCACUAUGA